AAAAGAGAAGAAACAAAUACUAAAAAUCUCAUCCUUUACGUGUAAUAUAAACUCCGGCAGAACCACCGCCGUUGUCCGCUCAUCUCCGUCACCGUGAAACCCUAAUCUACACCCGUACGUCUCAAUCACACUUCACAAAUAUGAAUUAACACUAUUCAGUUCAAAUAAUCCUCAACAUCAUCCUACAGUUCUUCAAAUUUUCAGAUCAAUUUCAGAUUCAAUCAAAUCAAUGAUGGAGUUCGAGAAUCAAGGCUUUGAAGAAGCCGAAAUAGAUGCAUCUCAUGGAGUAAUGGAGUCUCUGGUUCUAGACGAUGACGAUAAUAACAAUAACAACGAUAAAAACACCGGUAACGAUAACAACAAUCCGUUAUCCAGAUCUAACGGCGUUGUUAACGGCGACGGUAGUCAACAUCAUCAUCCUCUAUCUUCUACGUUGCCGUUUGCGGAAAUACCGACCACUGACGACGAUGAUCCGUUGUUAUCAUCACCUUCACCGUCAUCACACCGAAACCCUAACUCGUUCAAUUCGCUUCUAGAACCUCCUUCGUACGCCGAUGCGGUGUUCAGAUCGUUUGACGGUGACCACGGGAAGCAAGUUAACGGUCAUGGUGCGGUUUCCACGUCAGCAUCGUCUUCUAGUUCUGAUUAUCUGAAAAUUUCUGUUACGGAUCCACAGAAGGAGCAAGAUCUGAACAAUUCGCUUGUUCCUGGAGGAAACAGUUUUGUGACGUACUUGAUUACGUCAUGGACGAACUUACCUGAGUAUAACGGUACAGAGUUUAGCGUUAGGAGACGGUUUAGAGACGUUGUGACGUUAUCGGAUCGGUUAUCGGAGUCACACCGAGGUUAUUUUAUCCCGAUGAGGCCGGAUAAAAGUGUUGUGGAGAGUCAGGUUAUGCAGAAGCAGGAGUUUGUUGAGCAGAGGAGAAUGGCUUUAGAGAAGUAUUUGAGAAAGCUUGCUGCGCAUCCGGUGAUAAGGAGAAGUGUGGAAUUGAGAUUGUUUCUGCAGGUGCAAGGGAAGCUGCCAUUGAUGAAGACGACUGAUGUGGCGUCACGGAUGCUCGAUGGAGCGGCGAAGCUGCCGAAGCAGUUGUUUGGAGAGUCGGUUGUGUCUGCGGCUGUGGAUCCUAGUGAUGUGGCGCAGCCGGCGAAAGGAGGGAGGGAUUUGUUGAGGAUAUUUAAGGAGUUAAGGCAGUCGGUUGCGAAUGAUUGGGGUGGAGCGAAACCACCGGUGGUGGAAGAGGAUAAGGAGUUUUUGGAGAAGAGGAAGAAGAUGCAGGAUUUUGAGAUGGAAUUGACGAAUGUGUCACAGCAGGCCGAAUCUCUUGUUAAAGCUCAGCAAGACAUGGGUGAGACCUUGGGGCAAUUGGGACUAGCAUUUGUCAAAUUAACGAAAUUUGAGACAGAGGAAGCUAAAUUUAACUCUCAGAAAGUGAGGGCUGCAGAUAUGAAAAAUGUGGCUACUUCUGCUGUUAAAGCCAGCAGAUUGUAUCGAGAGUUGAAUGCACAAACUGUCAAACAUCUGGAUAAGCUACAUGAAUACCUUGGAGUGAUAUUAGCUAUGAAUAAUGCAUAUGCAGAUCGGUCAAAUGCUUUGUUGACUGUACAGACUCUUCUAUCCGAGCUGGCAAAUUUAAAUUCUAGGAUCGAAAAGCUCGAAACAGCUGCCUCCAAGAUAUUCGGCGGUGACAGGUCUAGAGUAAGGAAAAUUGAGGAGUUAAAAGAAACAAUGAGAGUUACUGAUGAAGCUAAAAACUGUGCAGUUAGAGAAUAUGAACGCAUUAAGGAGAAUAAUAAGAAUGAGCUUGAGAGAUUGGACAAAGAAAGACAUGACGAUUUCUUUGGCAUGUUGAAAGGAUUCGUUGUUAACCAGGCGGGAUAUGCAGAGAAGAUGGCGAGUGUGUGGGAAACGGUUGCAAGCGAAACUAGUGGAUAUGCUACAAAAAGCUCUUAGUUUUUGUGAACAAUGUUAUGGGUUAGAUCUACUUGUAACAUCUUUUUGUACCUUUUUAUGUACACUCGGUUUGACUUGAGACAAAAUAGCUUUUGUGAACAAUUUUUACAAAAUACCUCCUUUUUGUAUUUUUAGCUUUGGAACAUUCAAUAAUCUUAUUAACAUUUUGAACUCAUAAUUGUAAUGUUUAUUUGAGAUUACUGGCUUUAGAGGCAUA